ACUCCCCACACCCAUGCACACAUAGAAUCCCAUAUACCUCUCUCUCUCUCUCUCUAGAAAGAAACCCCAUUUUCGUCACCAUUUUCAGAGUCACAGACACGCACAGAGACCCCAUUCUAUUUUGGACUCUUGUUUUUUCCAUUGGGUCGCUCGCAUUUUCUUGAACAAUUCUUCUGCUCUGUUCUUCUCGAGCCCUGUUAUCUUUUGCCCGUAAAGCGGCCAAAUUUCUUUGUUGCUUUCUGUCAAACUUCUGUGCAAACCCCAACCCCAUCGCGCGUGUGACCAUCACAGCAAGACCCACAAAGCCUCAACCUUUUUUCAGGUUAUUUCUCCUUUUUAGGGUUUUGCGUUGGAUUUCGUUUCUGGGUGCAGCGAUUUGUUCUUGCUCAAAUCCAUUCCCCCAAAACCCACAAAGCAAUUCUCACCUGGGUCUCUCUUCUUUCUCCUACUCCAAAAUUGCUUUUAGGGUUUCGUCCCAAUUCCGCUACUGUGCUCAGAACCACCGCCUCUCAUGGGCAGCAAUGUCGAAUUCGAAGGCUACCCAUUUCACUACUCCCACCCAGAAUCUCAUUCCAUUUAGGCAUUUCGUCGAACACCUGGUCUGCACUUGAGCUCGAAUUGGAUUUUCUCACAUGGGUUGUGUCCAUGGCAAGUGUUGCGGUCGUUUUCCCAAGUCCUCCGACGGCGAUCCCCGGGAAUUCAGAGACUCCGGACCCUACAGCGCUCAGAGGAAGCAGCACAUACUCACAGAGAGGUCAUUGGAGUUGGUCCCCGUUCCUUCACACGGCUUCAAUUUGGAGUACACUGUCCUAACGCAGAGGGGUUACUAUCCCGACUCGCCGGAUAAGGAUAAUCAGGACAGUUUCUGUGUUAAAACCCAGCUUCAAGGUAACCCAAAUAUCCAUUUCUUUGGUGUGUUUGAUGGGCAUGGUCAAUUUGGUACCCAGUGUGCUAAUUUGGUUAAGGAUAGACUGGUAGAGGUGUUAGCAGAUGAUCCCACAUUGCCUGAUGACCCUGUGGAAGCUUAUAAUUCUGCUUUUUUAACCACGAAUAGCGAGUUGCAUAGUAGUGUGAUUGAUGAUACUAUGAGUGGUACCACGGCGAUUACUGUGCUUGUGGUUGGGAAUACGCUGUAUGUUGCGAAUGUGGGUGAUUCGAGAGCAGUGAUUGCGGUGAAAGAUGGUAAUAGAAUCAUCGCGGAGGAUUUGUCUUGUGACCAAACGCCGUUUAGGAAGGAUGAGUAUGAGAGAGUGAAACAGUCUGGAGCCAGGGUUUUGAGUGUUGAUCAAGUGGAAGGGCUUAAGGAUCCAAGCAUUCAGAGUUGGGGUGAUGAAGAGAGUGAAGGGGGUGAUCCUCCAAGGCUGUGGGUUCAAAAUGGUAUGUAUCCUGGGACUGCAUUUACAAGGAGCGUGGGUGAUAGUACUGCUGAGAAGAUUGGUGUUGUUGCAACUCCGGAAGUGUCAAUGGUUCAGCUGACUCCCAAUCAUCUUUUCUUUGUCGUUGCAAGUGAUGGGGUUUUCGAGUUCCUCUCAAGCCAAGCUGUUGUUAAUAUGGCAGCAAAAUAUUCAGAUCCUCGGGAUGCAUGUGCUGCCAUUGCUGGAGAAUCAUAUAAGUUAUGGUUGGAACAUGAAAACCGAACAGAUGAUAUAACAAUUAUCAUUGUUCACGUCAAAGGCUUGUCUAAUUCAGCUGGUGGUGCUACAGAUGGAACAGAUGGGAGCACUAAUAGAGCUGCAAGGAGGAGGAGAAAAGGGAAUUCUGGGUCAUCAUUUAACAGCGGUUCGGAAGUUUUCCGUUCAGUGAGAAGUGAUUCCUCAGAGAUACAGUCUUGUCAGCUUGUGCUUUCGAUGAAUCGAAACCCAGCUAUUGUUGUUCCAUCUCCUACAUGUCAAAGCCCUAGAAAUAGUGUUUGAACUGAAAGGUGUUGCAGAAGUUGCCACACAUCUUCUUGUUAUUUUUCUCAAGUGGAUGCGGGUUAGUGGUGCAAUUCAACCAACAACAGAAGCAGUUGGUUCUGCAUAUACUGUAUAAUCUUGGACCCUAAUCUUUGGGUUCUCUUGCUAAUCUCACUAAUGACACUGUUUCUGACCAUAUCAUAUCGAACUUGGAGGAAAACGUAUUCUUCUUGAGCUGUAGCUGUGCAUCUGCUAAUCCAGAGAGGGAGGAAUGGGAUUGAAGUAGGAGGAUCAUCAUAUAGAAGGUCUCUUUACACGUAUUUGCAGGAGCAUAUUCCUUGUACUUAAUAUCGUAGAAGUUUUAGCUUUGGUUGUAACUCUUCAUCCCUCAAAACCUUAAAGUGGAUGAGUAAGUAAUAUAUUGUCAAUCUUGUCUGCACUAUC